CCCUCCCUCCUCCUCCUCCUGCUGCUGCUGUUUGAGGGAGCGGAGCGGCUCGUUUGUGCGGACAGGCGAAGGGGCACCGAUUCCUUUUCCCCUCCCGGCCAGUCGCCCCGUCCCUCCCCGCCCGCCUUCCUCCUUCUCCCCCCCCUCCCCCUUGCCGGAGCUCCAGCCUAUCUUCAGGCUUCUUUUCUAAGUAAAAUGUCUAAUGGUUAUGAAGAUCACAUGGCUGAAGAUUGCAGGGACGAUAUUGGUAGGACAAACUUAAUUGUUAACUACCUCCCUCAGAACAUGACACAGGAUGAAUUACGGAGCCUGUUCAGCAGCAUUGGGGAAGUUGAAUCUGCAAAGCUGAUACGUGACAAAGUUGCAGGGCACAGUUUGGGCUACGGCUUUGUAAACUAUGUGACAGCAAAGGAUGCAGAGAGAGCAAUAAACACACUGAAUGGCCUGAGGCUGCAGUCUAAGACCAUCAAGGUGUCGUAUGCCCGCCCCAGCUCUGAGGUUAUCAAAGAUGCAAAUUUGUACAUCAGCGGGCUGCCAAGGACAAUGACGCAGAAAGAUGUAGAGGACAUGUUUUCACGGUUUGGCCGUAUUAUCAACUCGCGCGUGCUGGUUGACCAAACUACAGGUCUUUCCAGAGGGGUUGCCUUUAUCCGGUUUGACAAGCGGUCUGAGGCUGAAGAGGCCAUUUCAAACUUCAACGGCCACAAGCCUCCUGGUUCCUCUGAGCCGAUCACCGUGAAGUUUGCUGCCAAUCCCAAUCAGAACAAAAACGUGGCACUGCUCUCGCAGCUGUACCACUCGCCAGCAAGACGGUUUGGGGGGCCUGUUCACCACCAGGCUCAGAGAUUCAGGUUCUCUCCUAUGGGUGUAGAUCACAUGAGUGGGCUUUCUGGUGUAAAUGUCCCAGGAAACUCCUCUUCGGGCUGGUGUAUCUUCAUCUACAACCUCGGCCAAGAUGCCGAUGAGGGAAUCCUCUGGCAGAUGUUUGGCCCCUUUGGUGCGGUGACUAACGUCAAAGUCAUCCGCGACUUCAACACCAACAAGUGUAAAGGCUUUGGCUUUGUGACAAUGACAAACUAUGAAGAAGCUGCCAUGGCCAUAGCGAGUCUUAACGGCUACCGCUUGGGGGACAAAAUCUUGCAGGUUUCCUUCAAAACCAACAAGUCCCACAAAUAACUUCUCUCGUGGCUUUUUUUUUGUAUGGAAUAGAUAAUUGAGUGACGGAAAAGUUUGAAACCUUUUUUUGUUUUUGUUUAGCAUACAAGUCAUUUUGCGCCAAUUUUCACAAAGUUGUUUGUCUAGUCUAAACAAGAAGUGGAAAAGGGUUUUAUAUUCUGGGAUGCCACCAACAUGUUCAAAUGUUUGUUUUUUUAGUCUUGCAAUGUUCUAUUGGUUCCAGGUUCCCCCUAAGCGGUUCUUUUCACAACCUGCCCUUGAGCCCAGAAAUCUAAACUGAUGAUGCCGGCUAGAUCUCUAGGGUAGCAGUGAAACCAAGUCCAAAACACUUUCCCUUAAGAGACCGGUAGGUGGUUUCAUAGUAGAGAACCUGCCAAGGCCCAGAUUCAGUAGAACGUUGACCCUCCUCCCCAGUAAGUUCUAAAUUAAUGGUAGUAACUAUACUUACGGGUUGGCAGUGGAAGUUGUUCUGGCCAAGGCCUAAACCCUACCAAGCUUUAGUAUAACGAGGCUCAGCAAAGCUUGGAAGUGGAAGCAAAUUUAGCUUCCAUCACCUAACUCACAAAUUGCAAUUAAUUUUGUAGAAAGACAGCCUGAAUAUAAACAUGCUAGUGUUUUAAAAACACUGUUGACCAGAUUGGUUUAUCAUUGGACAAAACAAACUGGAAAGCCUUCAGUUUUCUCUCUUUUUUUUUUUUUAAAAAAAAUAGAAAUUAAAAGCCCAAUUCCAAUAAACAUGGACCAAAGAGUUUCAGAGUCACUCUGGGGAGAUAGCAGAGUAAAAAAGAAAUAAUGAAACUCCAAACCAGGUGUGAACUUCCUCAGAGUUCUUAUCUCCAAAUAGUACCUCCUGGUGCAUUGCUUUCUGAUAACAGAUCCGUGGCAAGAUUUAACUUCCUUUCAAAUACAAUUUUUAGUCUGAAUUCUUGAGUUUAGGUUUCUUUUAUAAAACCUUGUUAAAAACAUUUGAGCAUUGUAACUUUUUUGCAUCCCUUCUAAGAACUAGAUUUUUUUUUGUUUGUAUUUUAAUAGGGGGUUUGUUCUGCUUUAUAUACUGAACGUUCUGCAGAAGAGUACAGUAAAACAUGCAAGUUAGAGAUUUAACCAAGACAAAAAUUUAAUUUUUUUUGUAGAUUUGAGAUUUUAAUUAAUCCCCAAAGUUUUCUGCAGACUGCCUUGAAACUUUGAGUUCUGUUUUCUGUUUAAUUUUCUUUUGCUUUUUUGUGUUUUCAUUUGUUUUUACUUUUGCAUUUAAAAGCCAAUUAAAUUUGAUUUGUUUUUGCUCAAAUUUUGUUUUGGUUUGUUAUUUUAAUUUUUCCCCCCUACUCAAUACUGCACAGCAUCUGACAUUUAAAUAUACAAACCUCUUCAACGUAGAACGAUUUGAUUUUCAAGGAAAUAUGACUUACAUGUGUGCAAUCGGACAUCGCAUGGGUGAUGAUCCGUGGCUGGCUGUGGCAGCCAGUCUGCUUAACUGACUGAGUGUGACUUGCGGUUUGCACAGGGUUUUAGCAAGUUACAUAGCAAAGUCCAUAGUAUGCAAACAGAGCAAUAGCAUUUUGCUCAAAGAAAUCUGUUUCGCAACUGAAGUAAGAUCUUAGAAUCUGACCAUUGCAUGCUGGAAGCUGUUCUGCACAGUCUGGUGUCUGAGACCCUCACACCCCAAUUCUGUGGGUGUUGAUUUUCCCUGGGAUCAUUUCAUUUUCUUCCCUUUCUUGACCCAGCUUUAAAGCUACCUGUUGAGUUUCGUAAAAGGAUGCCUUGGUCUCCACCAACCUCCAGUUGCUUUUAGCUUCCCCAGAUCUCCCUGCCACAUUGACAGCUGGCCAUGUCAGCAUAGCUCAAGCUAUUCCCAGCUCUCCAACUGCCCAGGUUACCUCUUAAAUAUCCCAAACACACUACCAAAAGGAAGUUGCUCGGAGGACCUUCUGCAAUCCUCAAUCCGCCGGUUAUUAUUCUCAUGGAGAUUUCAGUUGCUGUGCUGGCUUGGAGUGGUAACCUUUGGUAGAUGCUGUUACAGAGCACUCGUGGUGUGUUUCAGGUAGUUAUCACUUAGCCUCUUCUCAAGAUCCUCUGCCAUCUUUCUUCAACCACUAAGGUCCAAAACAUGAGCAGAGAUUUUUCUUUACAAAAUCUUGAGCUUGCAUCCUGUCUUUCCACUAUCAUUGUGUUGUAUUGGAGCAUUGACCAAUAACCAACUUGACAAAUGACAGAUUCAGAGUAACACUUGCAGAUGUACUCAAUUCUGCCCUUUGGAUCAUUGCUUUGGUAAUUUACUUGGGAGAGCCUUAAAUCCUUCAGUGUUCAUGAGUCAAUUCAUCAAAUGACUUGAGUUGCCCAUUUACUCUAGUUUACCAAAUCAGUGUGGACUUCUUUGCUUUGCCCCUUGUGGGCCAUUUUGCUCUUGCCCAAUAUUAGUAGAUUGCAAACCACCCUUGUUCAGUCCUGCUGCCUUUCCCCACUGAGAAGAUAGUGGGGUCCAACGCCAUGACCCAUGAGAAUGAUCAUUGCAGAUAAGAACAUUCUUCCAUCUCUAGCUGUUUCUGAAGUGUGCAUGUAAUGGGACACACUGGAAUUUGAAGUCAUUGAGCACACUACUUUGUUAUUAGAUUCUCUUCAUUACAGGCUGAGAAGAUCUCAUGAAUAAAUAGGAUCCAGUCCUGUGGGAAGUUUCUCUGGGUGCCCCACAGAAGGACCUUGCAAAGAAAUUUUCCUUUAGAUUGUGGCCAUUGAUUUUUACUGCAGAGUCCUGACGCCUAUCAUUAAGUCAGUCUUUGAAGGGGAUAGUUUUUAACUCAACACGUGGGGGCGGGGUUUGCCUCUAAGAGUUCUUGCAUAGGGUUCCCUAGUAAGGCUGUUGUGAUCUCCUCAGCAUCUCUUAAAGAGCUCUUCAUCUCUGUAGGUCAGUUUUAACAAUACAAUCUGUGAAACGAUGAGUACUUUGUGCUUUUGCUGCUUCCAUCAUCUUGCAAAUUUUGGGAGUGUUAGGGGUUGCUUUUUUUCUUUCAACCCUUUCUCAUUGAGAAUUGGUCUUUGCUCUUUUUCUUUUUUUUUUUGGCGGGUACUUCACGAGAUCCUGAUUCACUGAUCUCUCUGCCACCUACACAUCAGCUGUGUUAAAGAAAGCAGGAGGGGGGGGGGGUUGCUGGCUAGUGAAUAAACCAGAUUUGGCUCUCCUUGGUAGUACUGUAUAUCAUGUGCUUUUGUGUUUUUGAACUUAGUUUUGUUGAGUCCAGUCCUAUUUCGUGGGUUUCAUCUUCCUGAUCCUACUUCCCAGGUCUUGGGUUCACAAAUUCUUGAGCCACUACCCAUUUCCUGUAACCAUGUUUGAGUGCUUCCUCAAAUGGAAUGCUUCCUGGAGCUUUGUUGGGCUUACAUGGGCUCUUGCAACAGUGUUCUGGUGUGAAACACCGGGGGGGCUCCCUUCUAAGAAUGUGACACAACUUCUAUUUUGAAGAGCCAAAGGUCCCAAGAAUUAGCAACAUACGAUUCGCAAAACGUGCCUGUUUUUCCAGGGUUGAAUUAUAUUUUUAGGUCAUGAUCUCGGUUAAAAAUGGAAAGGAAAGGUAAUGGGCAAUAGUAAUUUUUAUAAAAUGCAGCAUUUUUAAAAGUGAAGCCAGUUUAGAAUGGCACAAAACGCAAACAUUCUCAUGGGGUGUGUCCUCUUCCUGGUUUGUUAAUUUUACAGUUGAGGACCUGGAUUUUCUUGUGCCAGUGAAGAUUUGGCUUCAUAUAGACCUCUAUAGAAUGCUGGAAACCAAGUAUGUUGUUGCAUGUUGUUGUGUGCAGUGCAAAAACCAAUAGUUGCCCAGUUGGCAUGAGCUGGCAGCAGUGGAAGAAAUGUUUAGAUCCAUUCUUGUUACAUAGGUCUGUCAGUUUUCAUUUCUAUAUCCAUUCUCCUUCCCUAAAAAAGCUUCUGUUCAAAGAGAAUACAAAGGCAUGGUUAUCCACCAAACUUUACAAGAGAUUAUUUAGGGUAGGCCAGAGCAGGGUCAGUCACCUUCAUCUCGGUAGUGUGUCAAAGUUGACGUGGCCCCCAAAGAAUGCCAGGUGGGAUGAGAAGUAGGGACAGCCAGCUGACUUAAGAUAACAGCUCUUGCCUCAAUCUCCCCAGUUGAUGUUACUACUUUGACCCCAUUUCUUCAGUGCAGAAAGUGAAAGGACCUUGGCAAAGUAAGGUGACAUUUCUGGAAUAAGCUGUCGGUGGCCAACCUGUAGUAGUCCUUUACGUUGUCCGAAGUGGGUCUUUUGUCUUGAACUUCUUUACUCUUUCAGAUCUGCACCGUCCUCUUCUUUUUAUUUUCUAAAACAAAAAGUAGAUUUCUCUUUUUGGUAGUAAUAUCGGUGUUUGCAAACUAUUGCAAUGCUGGGGGCAGGGUCCAGGGGAAUGUUAUACCAUUUAUUUCAUAGAGAGCUACUAAGAAUUUGGAUGAAACAAAAAACCCAACCCCUGUUACCAGAGAACAGGAAAAUCCAACACUGGUGUGUUUAAAAAAAAGAAAGAAAGGUGAAUGCUCUCCCUGCCCUUGUAUGAAAAGCUACAAUACCUUAUCCUUGGGGGUCAGGAGACUAGAGCCUGUUGCAAAGCUUUGACCUUCACUGCGUUUUGUGGGUACAGUUGUGAUUUUUAUCAUUGCAUGUGCCAUUUUAGCACCCUUGGGGAUGAAGGAUGUCCCCAAAUUACACAGAGUGGGGAGUUAAUUUCCGAAAAUUUAAAGUGAUAAACUAGGUACAAAUAGCUAUGUACUUUUCAGGAAACUUUUUUAAAAAAAAAAUUAUAUAUAGUGUAUAAUCGAAGAUGGAAGUAUGGGCAACCAUUUCCAUUCUUCCCGUAUAUGUGGGCUUCUCUCUCCUGCUUUUCUUUUUAUUGAACUUCCUUUUAGGAGUACAGUGAUCGCUUCAAUACCCAAAAUCGGAGGCAUGCAUGCUGUUCCUUCGUCCUAAUUCUUUCCUCCCCCACACCCUUCUCCCACUAGUUUAGUUAGAGGAACAGAAUUUUACCCACCCCCAGGUAUGGAUUACCACCUGGGAUGGUGCUUGGGUUAAUUCCCCCACUUACAGCUGCCAUAGUGCUUUCUGCUGCAGAAGAACCUUGGUAGUCUCUUGGCAUUUUUGGUGCCAGGAUUCUCCAGUUUGCGAAGCAGCUGGAUCAAAAUAAAGAAACAAAGGUUUUCGUGUAUGUAUAAUGAAAUCCUGGAAGUCUUUUCCCCAGAAUUAUGAAAAUCCAUAGACCCAUGCCAUAUUCUCUUCUUCCUUUAUUUGUUUUUAAUCAAAACAAAGGAACUUUUGAUGUAACAUAGCUUUUCUUUUACAAAUCAGUAAUGAUUGCAGCUCAGCGUUUUCCCCACCAUCCACCAAAGGGUUGAGUUUAAAAUUAAGUUACACAAUACUCUUUAUCUGCCUUUUUGAUUUUUGUAGCACUUUACAUGUAUUGAAAUAAUCCUACUUUGGGCUCAAAUAAGCUGUAUAUUUUCCCCAGUGCAUGAUUUUUUUAAAAAAAAGUUGUGACGCCCAGGUGUCAAACCUGCAUCGCACAGUGUCUGCUUUGCUUUCACAGACACACACACACGGCCCUGACCUUCGUUGUCCACUGUGGUGUCCACCAUUGUUCCACUCCACAAACGACUACCAUGGACAGGUUUUCUGGAAACUUUUUUCUCUUUAUUCAGUGGAAUUUCUACAUUGUCAGUUUAAUGCUUUUUUAAAAAAAAAAACCCCGCAAACUUGAUGAUAGUGUAGCUGCCUCUCCCCCCCCCCCACCUCGAGUCCCCUGUAUCUUGAAAUACUGCUUCUUUACGUUUGAAUUAUUUUUUUGUCUCAAUUCAGUUUAAUCUGUUGCAGCAUUUUCAGUUUCUGUCACUAGAUCAUCUUUAAGGAGGAAAGGUGUUUGAUGCUUUAGAGUCAAACAUUUUAACCCAUAAAACUGAGUAGCCCUUGUGUGGGUUGGCUGGCGCCAGCCACAACAAUCCACACCAGUGCAUCCCACCCCCCCCACCCCCGGAUUCCAAUGUGGGCUGUAAACGGCGCCUUUCUAUUCUCACUUGGCUUCCUUUUGAACGUGUGUAAUUCCCCCCCGCCCCUUUUUUUCUUUUUAUAAAGUCAUCUGUCUGUGCAACAGAAGGCUUUUAUCGGUUUUUCCCAUACUGUAAAGUAUAUAUGCUUAAAACCUUUUUUUGUAUAUUCAGCGUGUUUUUAAGUUAUGGAUUUUGUUUUAUAUCAAAAUAAUUUAUUUUUCAGGUACCACGUUUUUUCAUUUUAACUUUGUUUUUACAUGGGUUUACUUUUAAAUAAAGUAUGACGCUGCUAUCCAGAUGU